AUGUCCCUUCCUGGAUAUGCUCCAACAUUUAAAGAACGUAAAUCUUUUGAAAUAAGAAAAAGAAAUGCUUUGGAAAUUCUUCAAACACAUCCAGAUAAAAUACCUAUAAUUAUUGAAAGAUAUGAAAAUGAAAGACAUUUACCAUUAAUUGAUAGAUGUAAAUUUUUGGUACCUAAUCAUGUUACUAUAGGAGAUUUAAUGCAAAUCAUACGUAGGCGUUUAAAUCUUCAUCAUGAACAAUCAUUCUUUUUAAUGAUUAAUGAAAAAAGUAUUUUUUCAAUUUCAACACCAAUCUCUUCUGUUUACUUGAAUGAACGUGAUGAUGAUGGAUUUUUAUAUAUUGUUUAUACUAGUCAACCAGCAUUUGGAUGA